GGUACUAACUGAAAAUGAAUAAAGGCAAACAAAUCGAUGAAGAUGAUGAUGACAGUGAGCAGUUCGAAGAUUUUAUGGAGAACUUUAACCAACUUGAAUUGCUGGAGACACAUAGGCAUUUGAUUCCUGUGGGAACUCAGAGUUGUUGGUCAGGACAAUCUGAUGAUGAUGAUGAUGAACAAGAAAGAAGUGAGGAAUGGUAUGAAAUGCAGGAAAAGAAAAUGGAAAAAAAUCCAGAGAAAUUGCUACUCUGGGCAGCUGAAAACAAUCGGUUGAGUACAGUGAAGAGGCUCCUCUCCGAAAAGCUGGCUCCAGUUAAUGCUCGUGAUGAAGAUCAGUACACCCCUCUCCAUCGAGCUGCCUACAGUGGGCACUUGGACGUUGCACACGAAUUGGUCGCCCAAGGGGCAGAUGUUCACGCGCAGACAGUGGAUGGCUGGACACCUCUGCACAGCGCCUGCAAGUGGAACAACACAAAAGUGGCCGCGUUCUUGCUUCAGCAGGGUGCAGACAUCAAUGCGCAGACAAAUGGGUUGCUGACACCGCUGCAUAUUGCUGCUGGAAACAAAAACAGUAGAGAAACCCUUGAACUCUUGCUGAUGAAUCGCUAUGUGAAACCAGACCUGAAAAACAACUUGGAUGAGACAGCUCUUGACAUUGCGAGGAGGACUGACAUAUAUCACUACCUUUUUGAAAUAGUAGAAGACUGCAUAAAUGCUGUGUCCCCUUAGAAGUCGUGGUUAAGCUUGUGAAUGUGAGGUUUGCUGCCUCUUGUUUGUGUUCUGCAUGCUCAUCGGUGGUGGUCUGUCCCUGUGCAACAAGGUUUUCAUUUACGAUACUUUAGUAUUCUCCUCCAGCAAAAUGUUGCUUGUUGCAGCUCAGCGCAGCAGUCCUGCUCCUACUUUGAAGCAUUACUGCCGUUA